CCGGCUUUCGAUACAAUUUUCCGCGAGAUCGACGAUUAUAUCAGUUGUGUUUCCGAAGCCACUAUUUCUGCACGGUGUUUCCGACAUGCCCUUCAUGUGACAACUAACCGGGAAACAUCUCGGUAGUUUGACGGGUAGUCGCUUCUUUCCCAUUUCUCAUCUGCAGUCGAGGAUACUAUUUAAUCGCUAGGGAGCGAUUGCUCUCUCCGACCCAGUCUUCACCAUGAAUUGCUUGUCUGCUUUCGUUUUCGUCGCCGUUCUCUUUUCUUCUUGCCAUGCGGCCAUUUUGCCUUCUUGCACUUCCAAUGAGACUGUCUCCUCCUCUGCUGGGACGUGUAGCGGAGACUUGGCUAAGUUCGAAUACUUUGGUGUUAAUGAAUCUGGUGCUGAAUUCGGUUCUGAUAAUAUACCUGGAGUUUUGGGGACCGAUUACAUUUUCCCAUCAGAGAGUUCAAUCGAUUACUUCGUUGAUCUCGGCUUCAACUUCUUCCGCCUUCCUUUUCUGCUGGAGCGGCUUGCUCCUCCUGCCACCGGAAUAACAGGCGCCUUCGAUGAUGACUACCUCGGCCUGAUUAAAUCAACUGUGGAAUAUGUCACCGGAAAAGGGGCAUACAUCGCCAUAGACCCACACAACUACCUGAUUUACAAUGGAGCUACAUUGACCAGCACCUCGGAUUUCCAGACGUUCUGGACUAACCUCGCAAAUGAAUUCGUUGACAACGAACAUGUUAUCUUUGACAUCAUGAAUGAGCCUUAUACUGUUAACGCCUCCGUCGUAUUCAACAUGAACCAAGCCGCUAUCGACGGUAUCAGGUCUACUGGCGCUACCCAGCUCAUUCUUGCUGAAGGAACAUCUUGGACUGGAGCCUGGACAUGGACGACCUCUGGCAACUCGGACUAUUUUGGUAACAUUAAGGAUUCUGCUAACAACACCGCUAUCGAGAUGCACCAGUACCUCGAUUCCGAUGGUUCGGGCACCUCCGCAACCUGUGUUUCUUCCACUAUCGGUGCGGAGCGCUUGGCAGCCGCGACUGCUUGGUUGGAAGAGACAGGCCUCAAAGGCUUCUUGGGUGAAAUAGGAGCUGGAUCUAACGACGUUUGGUUUGCUUUCACCCAAUGCUCUCACGAGUCGAGUGCUUACAACUUAUUCAGUAUGCAGGCUGUCUUUGGUGCCCUUUGCUCAAUGCAACAGUCCGGUGUCUGGAUCGGUGCCUCCUGGUGGGCCGCGGGUCCAUGGUGGGGAACCUACUUCCAAUCUAUCGAACCACCCAGUGGUGCCGCCAUUGCUGACAUCCUCCCUCAGUCUCUGGAGCCAUUCUUGUGAAAGGGUUUACCUCUGGAUUAACAUAGUUUACAUAAUAGCUACAGGAAGCAUUCAAAUUACAAUUGACCGAUC